AUGCGUGACAUUGUUUACAUAUGCUCGAGUUAUUUAGCUGAACAUGCUGAUCUAAAUAAGCAUAAGGGUCCUGCUUUUAAAAUGUUGAUCAAUACAAUGCUUAAAAAGCCUAACCUGUUGUUAUUUGAGAGUGGAAAUAUUAGACAGAAAUACGGAGAAGCUGCGGCAAAUUUGAGCAAUGCGAGAAGCUUAGAAAGCGACCAUGACGAUCCGAAUCUAACCAAAACAAUCCAGACAAAUCUUUUAAAAUCGGUUGACGACGUUGUUGAAAGAGGUGCCAAUUAUUUAUCAGGUUUUACACGGGACCGAGAGAAAGCUUUAAAAUUGCUAUUGAGUACGAUGAAAAAGGAUCCCACCAAAGAAUUAGCGAAACGAAAUAAAUAUGCUAUGACAUACGGCACUGCAGCUGCAGAAAUAGAAAAAACACCGGCUAUUAUACCGUACCUACCAGUGAAAGAUAUAAAAGAGGAAAUUAAAGAUAAGCUCACAGAAGAUGUCAAGUCGAUCACACCAGCUGAUCUUAAAGUGCCAAUGAAAUCUCUUGUACGAGAUGUGGCAGAAGUUUUAUCACAGCCAAUAGCUAUGAAAAGCAACGCAGCUGGUGAAAAAUAUCCAAUGGACUUUUUGAUAGCGGUAGAAAAAUCUAUGGGCUCUAAACCGCUUUAUGAAUACAAAGGCUAUAAAGAAACGUACGCUGAUGCGGCUGAUACAUUACAAAAGACUGUUAUGUCUGAAAAUGACAUCAGAAACGAUAUACUGGAAGCGGAAAUUUCAUCGGAAUUGAAAAAAACCAUACCACCGAAACUUUCACCGACCAUUGCCAGUGAACUCGUCGAACCAGUUGAGGAGGCUUCAAAACAUCUUGCAAGUAUUGGAACAAAAAGAGGUGCCGCAUUGGAGCACUUGACUAAUUUAAUGAAAGAAAAGGGUGAUUUGUCUCUUGCCCGUAUUCAAGGCCACGACCAAUCUUACGUCGAUGGCGCACGAAGCACAGAGUCUUGCUGCCGAAAAGACACGGUCAACGAAGCAGCAGGUAACUUGGCAAACAUUGUUAAAGGAAGAGGUGAAGUCAUACAGGUAAUACAUGAUGGAAUGAAAAAGAAAAAAGAUAAACCAUUCUUGUCGAUUGACCAGUUCCAGAAGACGUAUGAACAAGCAGCUGAAAUACUAGAAGAAGCACCGAAUGUAACUAGUCACCAUAUCGAUCCCUUAAUAAUGGAAAAAGUUUCUGAACGCGUUAAAGAGGUACCUAUCGGAGGGAUUAGUCCUCAGGGAAAGGCGCACGUUGAAGCGAGUAGGGGAGCGGCAACCUCUCAUGUGCCUAGGGCGACCAACGGAUCAAAUCUACCACUGGUUAAACCACUGGUUAAAGACGAUGAUACAAAGGAACACACGCAAAUCACAGGCAAAACAUUCCCAGAUGACUUGCCUCACGAAGAAGCCCUGCAAAUGCUGCAUAAAAAGUUGAAAGCGCGUGGCAGCGAAACAUUUUACAAGCAACCUCGCAACGAAUUAACUCAUAUACAGGCCUCCGAAUGGCUAUCAAAUAAACCGUUUGACGUAGACCAGUCAGUGAAGGAGUCGACCGACACCGGACGUUUGCACAAAAAGUUCGAGAGGAAGCUUAGCUCACUCGUCGGUGGCACGGCGCCCACGAUGCAAGAUUCAAUGCAAGACGUUAUCAUCGAGACGUCACGGGUUCUCUCAGAGUACUUCAUGACUAAAAGUUAUGGCACCCUUGCUCGCGAGGCGAUUAUCUCUGAGAUGCAAAAGCGUUGCAACGAUGUCCUCAUCGAGGAAGACGACGCCACUGAGACAUAUUUCUAUGCUGCACAAAGAUUGAAAAAGGCAAAAACUCUUGAGACAUCAAAUCCUUGUGAGCGAGAUCAGUAUUACAUAAGCAAGAAAUUAGAGGAAAUGAUUAGAUCGCGAAACACUCUAAGAAAAAUAGGCGUACAUAUUAAAGAUUACAUUCAAAAAUCCUCUAAAUAUCUAUCAGAACUUGUGACCAAACCAGAUAAAGAAAUAGACGCUUACAUUGCACUCUUAACAGAAAUGGAGGCAGCCGGCGACCGUCCCCUCGUCGAAGGGAAAAUCCCCAAGUCUUAUAAGGAGGCAGCGGCUUAUCUGCGUCAACUAACAUCGUUCGAUGAUGAAAUUAACCGCGAGGAUAAGUCGUUGCAGUCUACAAUCGGAUCAAAGUUACAGAACAUCACGGCAAACGUCGCAAUGACUGGAUACGACAAAUCGGACCUUAAUCGUGUCAUUGAACAGAAUGCCAAACUUCUUACAUCUUACAUCAAAUUUCAAGGUGAAAAGACCGAUGCUCUCAAAGUUCUAGUUAAUUCAAUGGAAAAGGAAGGUGAAAAUGUUCUCUUGCGUCAUGGAACACUUCGUAAAACGUAUCAGGAUGGCGCAAACAUCUUACGGCCGAAGAACGCGGAUCAAUUAAAAGUAACAAAUGUAGAUCCAGUAGUUUCAAGGAAGAUCGAAAUAAAACUUCAAAAUUUAAUGCUCCAAUCAUUUAAUAAAUAUAAGGAUGUUAUGAACGAGGUCAUUCAAGUCUGCAAAUGCAUGAAGAGCGUAUGCGUGCAAUGCGAACUGUGGUGCAAUGAAAUUGUGAGACGUAUGGCCAGGCAGCGGUGCAAAUGCUUGCGCCACUGUAAAGAGGCCGACGUGUGCCCUUCACGGCGUCUCCAGUUCGACGGGAGCGGUUUGCACAUCUGCGCGUCUGGACUCCAAGUGUCGUUUACGCGGUGUCCCUCAAGGCAUACGGCUGGUGAAAACCCUUCCCCGUGCCCCGCCUCUAAGCCGGCCUCUGGCUGCAAAACCGACACCACGGCCGCCUACCUUCUGUACACGUCGCACGGCCCGUUCGAUAACAUACCGACGAAGCUAACUAGUGACGACUCCGAAGCAACACCAAUCAGUAGGACAGCGUCGCGCGCUUAUUCUCGCGCCAAUACCAGCCUUUCUACUGGACAUACGCGCUCGGACCGAGAUGGCUUUCUUAGAACGAGUACUUCGUCAGACACGCUCGACGACAUGUUGGCGACGAACCGCAAUCUGCCGAGUAUUGAGCACCAUGUUUCUAUUGAUACCGAGCCGUUGCAUUCGAUUGGAGGAAAAGCGACGUCUACGCCGGCUCAAGUGAAGUCUCCCUUGGGUACAACUAAAACUACAGAUAACGUUCAAUUAAAACUUUCCAAGGGCAAUAUACAAUCAAAGAAUGCGUUUAGUUUACGAACUCCAAUAAUUACCACUGAUGAAAUGUCCGAUUGGCACUCAAUGAUGGUUAGUUUGAUGUGGAACGUCCAAGCUUGGAGGGUUUGGAUAUACGAUAGUAUCAACAGGCUGUUAGCGUUUCAAGAGCGUAACGAAUUGGAUGAGCUUUGGGCAAAUUUUCAAAGAAAGACAACGACGGAAAUUUUGCAAUGGUAUCAUUACGAUAGUUUUAGCCGGCAGCUGAUUUCAAGGAUAGCUUCGACUUAUAAGAAUAAGAGGAUAGUAUCUCCUACGAGGACUACAGUCAAAACUAAAACUUUCUUGGAAAGCCACGAUGACAUGUUGGGAAUAAUCGAUACAUUUAACAGAUGGACAUAUUGGCUUACUAUUGCUGUA